AUGCGCUCCCCGCCGGCCCCCCGGCGGGGCGCCACCGAAAAACCGAGCCGGGUUCGCCCCGCGCCCGAGGCCUGCCCACGGCAUAAACCCCCCCCCGCCGCCGGGCCGCCCCCCCCCCCUCCCCCCCCCGGCCCCCCGCCCCGCCUCCCCCGCCUGGCCCCCUUUGCCUCGGGACGGCCCCGGCGGGAAAGGGACGGGGCCGACGGGGGGAACGCCCCUCUCCUCUUUUCCCCGCGGGGAAACCGGGGGGGGGAACGCCCCGCGCCGCCCCCCCAACUUCCUUCCCCACCGCGCGGGCCCAGAAGGGCGACGGGGGACGCGCCUGCGGGGGCCCGGGGCGACCUGCCCCCCGGCCGGGGGGGGGGGGGGCCCUUCCGGCCAAACCCUCCCCCGCAGAAAGGGGGGCCCCUCGAGCGGCGCCGCCGCCCUCGGGCCCCCGGGGGCGCCCGCGCUCGCGGGCCCCCGCCCACGGGGGGCCCCCGGGCGCUCGCCCCCCGGGGGGCGGGGGGAUCGAGGGGGGGGCGGGCCCGGGGGACGGCGCCGCCGGCGCCCUUCGAGGAGGAAAGCCUCGAGGGACGAUUUGGGGGCCGGGCGGCGGGACGCGGCGCCCCCCCCGCGAGACACCCGCAACGGCGGGGGCUCCAGGGGAGACGCGGCCCGGGCCCCGGCGCCGCCACCGCCGCGGGGCCCAGGAAAGGCAAAGCGGCGCUCUCUUUCCGGGGUCGCCCGUUACACAGGGGCGGUCGCCCCCGCCCGACCGCGCCCCGGCCCUCCGCAGAGCCGGGGGGCGAAGGGGGGCAAGGCCCCCGCCCCGGGGCCCGGUUACCCCCGCGCCCGCGCCGCGGCGGGGGGGACGACGACGACGACGGGGGGAAGCGCGGCCGCGGGCCGCGGACACCACCGCAGGGGCUACGGGGGGUAGCUGCCCCCUACCCCUCAAUGGGGCCGCGCCGCCGCCCGCAAAACCCCCGCCGCCGCCGCCUGGCCCCGCCGCCGCGGCCCACGCGGGGCCCCGCCAGCCGCCCGAGUCCUUAA